AUGACAAGACCCGAAAUUAUUCGUGCUGACUCGAUUGACCUCCAAGAUCGCGAAGCACCUUCCGCAAAGAGCCACCCUCUUCGACCCAGCCCCCUCAACACCUCCCAGUCUGCUGGCACCGCGCCUCACCAGGCCGAGACAUUACGGGAGGUCGCAGCCGGACAAGCAGAGGAAGAGCUUCGGAGCCCCCGAGUCUCUUGGACAACCGGCGGCGAGGCUGGCGACCUACAUCAAUACGCAGAAGACCUGGCCGCCGGCGUCACCAGUUCCCUCAACGGCCAGUCCCGCAACACCGACAACAUGGCCGCACGCCAACAGGACGACCUCGCUGUCGCGCAAAACGGUGGCUUGAUCUCCCAGGACAACACCGAGGAUGGCGACUUGGACGGCGACGAGGGCGACCUGGACGACGACGACAUGAUGGACAAGAUCUCGAGUUCGCCUUCUAUCGACGAUGGUGGCUUCCGCCUCGGCAAGCAGACAAGUCGCCUGCUGCUGCGUUUCCCCGUCGUCAUCAUCAUCUUCCUGAUUCAUUUCCCGAGUGCCUUGAUGCUCAGGCUGGCAAUGUCAACACGACGACAGAGGAACGGGAACAAGAAACAUACUCAGAACACCAAGGUCAUCUUGCCCGAGGGGGGACCAGCAUCGCAAGAAGCCUUUGAGGCCAAGCAAUCUGGUGUUGACGAGGCUAUCGAAAUGGAAGACGAGGUCUGCAGUACCGACGACUUGAUUGUCCCAUAUGAGGGCUCGCUCGACGAAGAUGAUGAUGACGACAAUUUCCUUGAGUUUCAUGACCCCAGGUUUAUCGAUUCUGGUUGGGGCGGUGAGUGCUUACACGAUACAGAGGACAUCGAUUUCGAGCUCGUCUACGCCCUACACACGUUCAUAGCAACCGUCGAAGGCCAAGCGAACGCGACCAAGGGCGACGCCAUGGUUCUGUUGGACGACAGCAACAGUUACUGGUGGCUUGUCCGUGUGGUCAAGGACAGCAGCAUUGGUUACUUGCCGGCUGAGCAUAUCGAAACACCGACUGAAAGACUUGCGCGUUUGAAUAAGCACCGGAACAUUGACUUGUCGGCAACCAUGCUGGGCGAUCAAUCGGACAAGACCAAGAACCCAAUCAAGACCGCGAUGCGCCGGAGGAAGAAGAACGUUUCUUUCGCGGCUCCAACAUACGUGGACUACUCAGACUUUGACUACGAUACGGAAGAGGAAGAGGAGGCCGAGGCUGAGUUCUACGCUCAACAGCAACAACAGCAGCAGCAACAACAGGCGCAGCAGCAAUCUCAACAACAAACAGCAACUGCUAAACAGACUACUGCCGAAGAAGCCGCGGCCAGCGAAGAGGCUGCACAAGUAGCGCCGCUCAGGCCACGGGCGCAAAAGUCUGUGCAGAUCGUAGACCCUGCUAACUCAGAUUCGAAAGAGGAAUCACCUACGACCAAGAAUCGAACCAGCGAGGAGAUAUUCGAGACAAAUGGUGUGGAGGGCCCAAAGAGAAAGGCCGACGGCACAGUUAGGGAUUCCUUCUUCAAGGACGACACGGUCGAAACGAAGAAAAUUACCCUCACGCCAAACCUGCUUCGAGAUGACGGGACUGUUAGAGCAUCAACAGAUUCGGAUAAGGGCGUUAAACAGCGCCCGAGUUUCGACAAAUUGGACAAGGAAAUCAGGGAAGAGAAGAAGGGCAAAGACAAGAAAGAGAAGGAAAAGAAGGGCGGUUUCCGGAGCCUAUUCUCGCGCAAGGACAAGAAGCAGAAGGGCGGCGACGAUGACGAUUCUCUCGGCAAACGAUCCAUGGAUGCGCUUGUGGAGGCGCCGGAGAGAGAUUCUGAAGAUAUCAAUGACGACCCGGACAAGGCGGGUGCUUCACCACAACGGAAUCCAAGCAAAUUGCAUAAGCAGCAACCACGAGUGGAACCGUCGCUGGCGAACAAGUCCGGGACUGGUUCGAGGGACGCUAACGGUGUGGAUCUUUCAACAUUCCUGAAUGAAGACAAGCUGAAGAAUGUCUCCAACGUGCCGCCCGCCUCCAUGCGACUCGUCGAGCCAGACGCCCAGGAUACUCAGGAAAAUGCGCAAAGUUCUCGAGGACCCGAUGCUGUACGUUCGAAUCCGGUGGAUGCCUCCAAGCCGGCCGCAUCAAGAUCAGCGGCUCCCCGGUCGCAGAGUAUUGACGAGACACCACCUCAGGCUACAACUGCGAAAUCGCGUAUGCAGAUCGAGGAUUCGGAUUCUGAGGAUGAUUACAACGAGACACUCAGGCAGAUGUCAGCGUCGGGUGCGAAGACUCAAGGAAAGCCCCAGCAAGAGUCACCCCAGCAGGAGAGGAUCCAGCAGGAGCGGCCACAACAGGAGACGCCGCAGCAGGCAAAGCCGCAGGAGGAGAAGUCCCAGUCGGAGAAACCUAUUCGGCCGAUCCUCCCGGGCUCGUUCCCGGACAGCUACAUGAGCACGCAAUCCGCACAGUCCAACUCGACUAUCACGCCAGAACGGGCUCCAGAGGCUGCCCAGCGACAGGACAGGUUGUCAGAAUCGCCAAUCGAGGUCUCGCCGAUCACUCCGAGUGGAGACAAGCCGCCAGCCCUCGUCGGCGACACCUCAAGCCAAGAAGAUCAUUCAUCACCGGUGUCGUCGCCGUCACCAGAGCUGAUCGACAGAGAAGAGGCUGGUGGGACACACCGGAACCAGGACUCCAUUACCACGUCCACCUCGACAACCACAGUAUCAAACUGGAAUGACACGAGCCUGCGGGAAUUCUUCGACUCGGGCACUGACAUUAGAGAUCUCCUUGUUGUAGUCUACGACAAGACUGAUGUCGAGCCGGUUGGGCCGGAACAUCCAGUCGCCGGCACGCUGUUCAAAGAACAGAAUGCCAAGCUGGCGGAGAUCACCACUCAACUUGACCACAUGCUUGGCGACUGGCUUGCCCGAAAGCAGCGGUUGCGAGGCACGGUGUAA